AAAGAAAACUAAACAAACUUUCCUGACACCUUGGAAAGAGCUGACAAAUAUAUCAGACUUGCUAUCCAGUAUUAAAGCACAGCAGAUCUUCAGUCCUUUCUGAAGCUUCUUGUGUGUUCAUAAAUGAGUAUGAAUGGGAAAAAGGCCAUGAGAGACUGCUCCCAUGAUGGCAGAGAUUUGUAUGAAAGCUUUUGUUGACCACUGCACGACUCUUAAAUGCUAACAGCAGAAGGCACUAGCUGGUAGCUCAGUGUGGAGCAAACAUUUUAUUUUAAACUUCAAAAACAAUUAUGUCAAAGAAAAGUCGUGCCAAGGGAGAGAAGCCCGACAUGGACACUGAAGCCCUGCAAGCUGCUAAUGAGGAGCUGCGAGCGAAGCUAACCAACAUCCAGAUAGAGUUCCAGCAAGAAAAAACCAAGGUGGGUAAACUGAGAGAAAAAAUCCAAGAGGUUAAGCAAGAAAGGGAGCAGGAGCAGCAUAAGCACACUGCCUAUGUUUCUGAACUGAAAGCCAAGCUCCAUGAGGAGAAAAUGAAGGAGCUUCAGAGCGUCAGAGAGCUGCUGAUCCGGCAGCACGAGCAGGAGGUGGCAAGGAUGGUGAAGAUCAAAGAUGGUGAAAUUCAGCGUCUGCAGUCAACAGUGAACGUCCUGCGGGAUGGGGCGGCUGACAAAGUGAAGACGGCGCUGCUGAGCGAGGCAAAGGAGGAGGCUCGCAAGGCGUUCGACGGGGAGCGAAUGAAGCUGCAACAAGAGAUCCUGGAGCUGAAAUCGGGCAAAAAGCAGCUUGAGGAGGCUCUGAACAACAUCAUGCAGGCAGAUAAAAUGAAGGCUGCGGACCUGCGCACGGCGUAUCAGUCCCACCAGGAUGAGAUCAAUAGAAUAAAGCGGGAAUGCGAGAGGGAGAUCCGCAGGCUGAUGGACGAGAUAAAAGGCAAAGACAGGGUGAUUCUGGCUCUGGAGAAGGACCUUGGUGUCCAGGCAGGCCAUACACAGAAACUGCUCCUUCAGAAAGAAGCUUUGGAUGAGCAGCUUGUCCAGGUGAAGGAGGCAGAAAGAUACCACAGCAGUCCUAAGAGGGAGCUUCCUGCGGGAGUAGGAGAUAUCAGCGAACUGAUGGGGAGUCCGGAGCAGCAUCUGGAUGAACGAGAUGUGCGGAGAUUUCAGUUAAAAAUCGCUGAACUGAAUGCUGUAAUAAGGAAGCUGGAAGACAGAAAUACUCUCCUAGCAGAUGAAAGAAAUGAACUGCUGAAGCGUUCUCGGGAGACAGAAAGUCAGCUGAAGCCUUUGGUAGAAAAAAAUAAGAGGAUGAGCAAAAAAAAUGAUGAUAUGUUACAAUGUAUCCAGAGAAUGGAAGAGAAAAUAAAAAAUUUAUCAAGGGAAAAUGUAGAACUGAAGGAAAAGCUAUCAGCACAACCAGCACUGAAGAGGCACACAUCUUUGAACGAUCUCAGCAGCACACGAGAGGAACAAGAAAUUGAAUUCCUUAGACUGCAAGUCAAAGAACAACAGCAUGUUAUUGAUGAUCUCACAGUGGAAAGAGAACGGUUAUUGCGGUCUAAAAAACAGAGGAGGAAAAGUCUGAAGCCUCCAAAGAGGCAUGUUGUGGAGACAUUUUUUGGAUUUGAUGAAGAAUCUGUUGAUUCAGAAACUUCAUCUGUAACUUCAUACAACACAGAUAAAACAGACAGAACACCAGCAACACCAGAAGAAGAUUUGGAAGAUAGCACGCCUAAAGAAGAAGCUGAGCUUAGGUUUUGCCAGCUAACAAGAGAGUAUCAAGCUUUGCAAAGAGCAUAUGCAUUACUCCAAGAACAAGUUGGUGGAACCUUGGAUGCAGAGAGAGAAGCAAGGACUCGUGAACAGCUGCAGGCUGAUCUUCUCCGGUGUCAGGCAAAAAUUGAGGACCUGGAGAAAGCUCUGCUGGAGAAAGGCCAGGAUUCAAAAUGGGUAGAAGAAAAGCAGCUGUUAAUUAGAACAAAUCAGGAGUUGCUAGAGAAGAUUUACAGAAUGGAACAAGAAGAGCACCAGCUGAAGAAUGAGAUGCAAGAUGCAAAAGACCAGAAUGAGCUGUUAGAAUUCAGAGUGCUAGAGCUUGAAGAGAGAGAGCGAAGGUCACCAGCAUUUAAUCUUCAUAUAACCACCUUCCCUGAAAACAAUGGAAGUGCACUUCAACUGUUCUGCCAUCAGGAAGGAAUAAAGGAUGUGAAUAUAUCUGAACUUAUGAAGAAGCUAGAUAUUCUUGGAGAUAAUGGGAAUUUGAGGAAUGAAGAGCAGGUUGCAAUAAUCCAAGCUGGGACUGUGCUAUCCCUCUGUGAAAAGUGGUUGAAACAGAUAGAGGGGACAGAAGCUGCACUGACACAGAAGAUGUUAGACCUGGAGAAUGAGAAGGACCUGUUCAGUAAACAGAAGGGUUAUUUAGAGGAAGAACUCGACUACAGGAAGCAAGCUCUGGACCAGGCAUACAUGAAAAUCCAGGAGCUGGAAGCCACGCUGUACAAUGCCCUGCAGCAGGAUCCCGGCCGGCGGGCGAGCGAGUCGCUGACGGAGGCGCAGCGGGAGGAUUUGCGGGCGGCGGUGGAGAAGGUGCGGCGGCAGAUCCUGCGGCAGAGCCGAGAGUUCGACAGCCAGAUCCUGCACGAGCGCAUGGAGCUGCUGCAGCAGGCCCAGCAGCGAAUUCGAGAUCUAGAAGAUAAAAUAGAACUUCAAAAGAGGCAACUCAAAGAAAUUGAGGAAAAGCAUUCAUUCUGUGGCCUUGAUGACACAACUGAGCCGAGACCUGUGGUUGGUAUUAUUUGUAUUUCUUUGUACUCAGUUUUUGACUCCUAGAUUUUGCCAUGUUUUGGGGAUUGUUUGUAAGACCCUGGAACCAUGAGGAAGGGCAUACUGGUUUUACCUGCACAGAGAGGAAGAGUCAUCUAUAAAGUCCAACUUGGAUACUUUCCUUCCUAGAUUUCUGCAGGAAGUCUAUAAUUGGGUUUUCAAUGAGAAAUGAUUUUGUAUUCAAAGAUCCUGCCUGCCAUAACUGCAGUGAGUGCUUUCCCUUCUUGCACAGCAGCUACAUUUUGUCUGAAAGUUUUUAUUGCUGUUGGCUCCUGCCUUCUAUCAUGCUGGAUGGAGAGGUGGCAAACAAUGUUUGGCUUAAGUUUUGUUUCUAAGAAGCCUUGUGAGCAUAACCACCCAUGCAAAAUAAGGAGUUGAUUUUACUUCCUCCAGAUCCUUGUGGCCCUGAAAUAACUUAGGAAAUAAUAACAAAUGUUCCAUUUUAUGAGGCAAUUUGAAGGUUGCAAGUGAAUGACACGACAUGAAAAGGGUGAGGAUAAAAACCUCUGUGCCUGUCCCUUGAGACAUUGCCAUCAUUCUCACUGUCCUUUCACAGUGUCCUGAUCCUUUCAGCUCAAUGCAAAAGGCAGUGAAUUUCUUCAGCUGUAGCCAGUGCUCAGCUGUAGUGCCAGUGCUCACCUUUCACAGAGAACAAGAGGGAAAUGCAAUUUAGAAAAUCGGUCCCAGUCCUCUUCCCUGGAGCACUGCAAGUUCCACACUGCCUUUCAGGAAGGAUGGUAACUCAGCAGCCUAACUGUCUGAGGAUUAAACUAUGCUUUAAAGCUAUUGAAUAUUAUACAGUAUUUGUGUUCUUAAUGUUGUUGGGUU